UCAUUUUUGAAUUGGGACAUUAUAUAAAUGGGAUGUCCAAAAAGAAAAUUGGGGACACUAUUAUUGGGACAGAGGGUAUUAUGGAGUAGCUUGAGUAGCAAGGGUAGGAAGGAAUAGUACUUGUAAAUGGAUUGAUUGAGCAUAAAGAAUAAGAAUUGAUAUCUGCUCCCAUUUUGCAAGGAAUUGAAGAUGUGAUCCUCCUUAAAUAUACCUUGGAUUCUUCUCGAAUAAGAAUAAUUUUUUUAAGAGAAGAAUAAGAAUAUUAAUAUUAUUCAUAUUCAAUACUGUGGAUAUUUGCAGGUUGGACUAAGCACAUACAAUAUUCUGUAUAUUUAAUAUGAAAGAUGUUGGUGGUCUUGUAAAUGAGUUGAUGAGUGUGUUGGGCUUGUUGCAAAAGGGAAGAGUAUUUUGGUAUUUGGAGAGGAUGCUAUUCUGUUGUGGCCAGCAACUUAACUUGAAUGUGUGUAUAUAAAUGGAAAAAUUGAGGUGUAAAUUAAAUUAGUGGAGAAGCAAAGCAUGAUUGCAUCAGAAAUAGCAAUGUGCCAAAUUGCGAGUGUGUUAAGACAGAAUUGUUGCAAGAAGAGAUAUGUGGCAAGUAGUAAGCCAAAACACAUAUACGCGAGGAGUGGUUUAGAUAAGGGAAGGGCGUUGGUGGGGUCGUGGGAUGAUGAGUACGGCGGAGUGGUUAUCGAUGCAGCAAGCUUGCCUUCUUCUGCAAACGCCUUUGCAUCACAGCUCCGCGCUUCCUUGGGCGUGUGGAGAUCCAAGGGGAAGAAGGGGGUAUGGCUGAAGCUAGUUGAAGAGCAAGCGGAGCUAGUGCCGGUUGCAAUUAAGGAGGGGUUCGCGUACCAUGAUGCAGAAGCUGGAUAUGUUAUGCUCACAUAUUGGAUUCCAAACCAGCCCUGCUCGCUGCCGUCUGGCCCCUCCCACCAAAUAGGCAUUGCUGCCUUCCUUCUCAACCACAACAACCACGUUCUUGUAGUGAAAGAGAAAUGCUCUUGUGUCUGCUCUGGAGUCUGGAAGUUGCCAACUGGAUUCAUCGACAAGUCUGAAGAAUUGUUCUCGGGAGCAGUGAGAGAGGUGAAAGAAGAAACCGGGAUUGAUGCAGAAUUCCUGGAGCUGGUAGCUUUCAGGCACGUACACGGGGUUGCGCUUGAGAAAUCAGACUUGCUAUUUGUAUGCUUGCUUAAGCCAUUAUCUUUGGAAAUUCAGAUUGAUGAGAAUGAAAUUGAGGACGCUGAGUGGAUAAGUGUGGAGGAACUGCUAAGCCAGCAAUUUUACAAAGAAGAUGAGAUGUUGAAAAGGGUAAUGGAAAUUUGUAUGGCGACAUAUGAGAAAAAUUACAGUGGAUUUGUAGCACAUCAAGUUGUAUCAAAGUUUGAUGGGAAGAUGUCCUAUUUGUAUUAUAAGGAUGUGACAAGUUAAGGUCUCUACACGAUAUGGAUUUAUUUAUUUUUGAGAAAUAAGAAAUCAGAUAUAUGUUGUUUUAUUUAUGAAGAA